AGUACGGUCCCGCCCGGAUCUCUCCUCACAGCGCCGAUCCAGCACCAUGCCGGGGCUCCAGGCCGCGCUGCCCGCCGCCUUCCUCCUCCUCCUCAGCUCCUUGCCGCCCGCAUCAGCGGGGAAGCGCCCACAGCCGGUACCUCCCGGCGACAUACAUGUGCUGGACCCCAACAACCCGCAGGCCGCCAGGGCGGCGCAGGUAGCGCUGCAGUACGAAAACUUCGACAGAGCGUCCCCACACGGGCUGCUGAGGCUCCUGGAGGUGAAGAAAGCCGCCGUCAAGAUCACUACAGGAUCUCAGAAGUUUUACUUAUACUUUACUGUUGUAAGCUACAUCUAUGAGGAAUAUAUUGGGAGCUGCAUUUCUACAGUCGUUUUCCAAAAGUUGGCUCCACCUAAAGUCUAUUCGAAGUGUGUGCUCACUCAAGAUGAGAAACAAUUCCAUGAGAAGGACAAGAAAUUUUACGAAUCUCUUCGGCAUCGAAGAAAACCAAUAAUUGUAUACAAUAUUCCAGACAGCUAUGGAAAUAUUGACCGUGCCCAUAUUGCACUGUGGGGCUUGGCUAUAUGUGGCAGUAGUAAAAUCAUGUUUGAGCAUUCAAGAGAGGACUUGAGUUAUAACGUGGCACAAGUCAAGGCUGUGAAGCAGGAGUUAAGGAAUGACAAUGCUGUUGAGUUUCAAAUCUUGGUCGUUUUCCACGAAACUCCAACACAGAAUACAAAGACAUGUCAUUUAAACCUCACUUGGACAAUUGGUCAGCCUCUGAAAGAGAAACACAUAUGCACUUCAGAUAACCAUGGGCUCGAAGAUGGAUCAGGGCAGGACUCCGGAUCAGCUGCUGGAAUGUCUCAUGAAAACGAAAGGAAUUUUUGGGAGUGAUUGUGCACACAUUAAAUGGGAAACCUUUGUGUAGCGGGCCUGAAGUUGUGAUCAUUUUUCUAUCCAAGUCUCAUUACAGUAAAUUGGAGUGUUUUACUAGCCUGUUUGUUCCAGAAUGAACCUCUGCAAUUUCUCUAAAUUAAUGUUCUAGGGACCUACCUAAAAACUUUGCUACUAUACAUACACAGAUAAGCAUACACAGGUGAUUAUGUCAUUCACUUUCUGUUACAGCAACAAAGUUUCUGAACAAAAUUAAUAUAUCAGAUAAAAAUAUUGAGGAAACUAUUAAUCUGUCACUAAGAGAUAUUUGCUGUGUUUGUUUUUUCUGAGAUAGCUACCUGCUGAUUUUUAAAUAACCUCCAAUAAAAGAAAUGCCAUUAUACAGA